AUGAAUUUCUACAAGCAGAAACUGCUGCACCCGGCGCAGCUAAAAAAGCUCAGCGAUCACAAGUACUCCUGCUCCAACAUCAGCCUGAUGGAUCCGUUCCUGCAACCGUGGUGGUGUUGGCUUGUCUCGAAGGUGCCACUGUGGCUAGCACCCAACCUCAUCACAAUAGUCGGGCUGAUCAUCAACAUCAUCACAACGCUAACUCUGAUCUCGUACAGCCCAACUGGCCGCGAGGAACCCCCGAGAUGGGCAUCGGCUUUGUGCGGUUUGGGGCUUUUCAUUUACCAGAGCUUGGACGCGAUCGACGGGAAACAGGCUCGCCGUACUAAUUCGUCAUCACCGCUGGGUGAGCUGUUCGAUCACGGUUGCGAUUCAAUUUCGACCGUCUUCGUCGCUCUCUCAGCGUGCAUCUCGGUUCAGCUCGGGUAUUAUCCUAGCUGGAUGUUCUUCCAGUGUUUCUGCGCCAUGACGCUGUUCUACUGCGCACACUGGCAAACGUACGUGUCCGGUACGUUGCGUUUCGGCAGGAUCGACGUUACCGAGGCUCAGUGCACGAUCAUCGGUAUUCACAUGAUAUCGGCCAUCUUUGGACCGUCAAUCUGGAUGACCAAACUACCGUUAAUGGGGGGCAUGGACAUAAAAACGAUCCCGCUCUACUUUGCCGUGUUUGUGUUCGGGCUGCUCGCGUAUCAGAACUCGGCCGUUAUCUUUACCGGUGGCGUGGGCAAGAACGGAUCCACCGUCGCUGGCACAAGCGUGCUGUCUCCUAUCAUCCCGUUCCUGUUUGUUGUCCUGCCUGCGUACGUGAUUUCGCAGAAGUCCACCGAUCAAAUCUACGAAAACCAUCCGGCUCUGUACAUUCUGGCGUUUGGUAUGAUCACGGCUAAGGUGACGAACCGGCUGGUGGUCGCGCAUAUGACGAAGAGCGAGAUGGAGUACUUCGAUCUGGGACUGAUCGGACCAAUGUGUCUGUUCCUGAACCAAUACUUCAACAGCUUCCUGCCAGAGUACUACGUGCUGUGGUUCUGUCUGCUCUGGUGCACCUUCGAUCUGAUACGCUACUGCGGGCAGGUUUGCCUGGAAAUUUGCGACUAUCUGAAGAUCGAGCUGUUCCGCAUACCCUACCCACCGAAACCGGUCAUGACAUCACAAGGUACGAACCCUCCUCAUCACCACCACCACAACCAUCACAGUCACGAUAGCAAAAACGAAGUGGAUGAGCUCCAGCAGCAACAGCAACCGAACCUGAACAACAACGUACGCUCCUACCCAACGACACCGGUGCGCAAUUUAACCGUCCCACUCGGCAUGGGCAAUCGCUCUGCUUCGGAGGACAGCUCCAGCCCGCGCGUUACACCCUCUUCUUCACCCCGGAAGCCACACCGUGUUUGAGCGCUUCCGGAAGUCACGGGGAUGUAAAAAUGGCGGUGCAUCGAUAGCACGCAGGAACCAGAAACACGUCUAGGUGAUGGCGAUAGAUAGAAUUAAUUGUAACUUGCCACGGGUGGCCCACGUGGAGAGAGGGAGCGUGUGUGUUACGUCCACCGAUUUAUUCCAUCGUCUCGGUGGUAGCUUGUUACCUUGUAAAAUGUGCUGCAAAUUGGUGCGACGAUGCACGUGGUGUCUGUGUAACGAUUAUAUAACCACCCAAGGCAGGUCCUGUAGGAGACUUUAGCUCAUUAAUGCUUGCUGCUGUUUCGCAAAACCCCAGAACCAAGCCGAAAACUAGACAAAAAAGACAUUAGAAACAUGAACCGCUGCCGCCGUAUAACGAGGACGAUGAGUACGAAAAACCCUUCGCGUAGGAAGGACGAAAAGGGGCCGGCGUACAGCGGCGCCAUGAUGCUGCUUAGCCGUGAUACUAGUGUUUAAAAGUAGCAAAAUCGAAAUCGCCUGCAUCACACAUGCGCUUAGAUGUAGCUAAGGUAGGGAAAAAGGGCACAUCCAUCACUGUUGUCCGGUGUUGUACUCCCAUGGGAAGUACCGGUUUCCUUGGUGGCAGGUGAUAAGAUUGCAUGCGUGGGUGUGUUCAUCCGAGAUAAUGUAAUAGACAAUGCAAUAAGCUAAGGCUAAGUCGGCGUGAAGUUACCGACCACAGGUGGUAAACGCCCAAAUCCUGGGCAAAACAUGGCGGGAAACAUGGAUUAUAGAAUUGUUUAGGAAUAUAUUUAUAUAGCCGUUAGUUACAACAUGAAAAUAUUGCCUAUAGGAUUUACGAAUGAAGAACCGAUACCCCGAAUGCCGGAUGCUGCGUGUGUGUGUGUUUGCGGACGGGGUUGUGAAAUAAAGGAAAAA